AUGUUCGUGGUAUCACGGCUCAAGCGCCUGCUUCGCCGACGCCCUCGAGUCUCGAGUCCCGUGAAUACCGGGCCCUCGAACAACAAAGAGUGUCCACCCCCAGUCAACAAAGAAAAGUCGUCUUCGGAGAACAAACAAAGCCCGUCUUCGGACAACAAAGAAACGCCAUGCACGCGCAGACCAAAGCAACGAUUCAACCGAGCCCGUGUCGAGCAAUGGGCCAGACAGCUCACUGGGCCUCAGGGCGAGUCCCUUGUCAAUAACACUCGGCCAGAGGUUGACAACAUCGACUACCACAUCGACUUUCCCGACAGCUCAGAAACCGGAUCUCCUCCGUCGUGCUGGGGUGAUAUCUGGACCUACGACCCUGAGAUCAGCCGCUUCUUGUGGGAGGACGCGGCCCCUAUUGAGCGUGUUAACCAGACCUUUCGAAUCUUUCAUAAUACGCCUGUUUACGGGCCUGACCCGAUUAUUCCUCUUUCGCCUUCUUAUUGUCCCUCUUCCUCCUCUUCCUCUUCCUCCUCUUCCUCUUCCUCCUCUUCCUCUCCUUCCUCUUCGCUUUUUUCUACCUACCCUCCUUCUUCUUUCGCUUCUUCUCCUUCCUUCUCUUCGUUUUAUUCUCUUCCGUCACCAACCCUGAAUCAUCUCAUGGGGCAAGAAAGUUCUUCUCCCUCGGCGAACGUGCCUUCGGCCAUUGCUGAGCACAAUGAUGAAGAAAAGCUGGACUCGGCCUCGCCAGUCGACGGCGACCUAAAGCCCGAAGCACCAGCUGAAGCCGUUCAGAAACUACAUUUGCCAGUCGGCGACAAGGACGCGAAGCCUGACUCGCCAACCACGCAAAUUCAGGAACGAAAUUCGCCAUCCGAAGACGGCUUGGAGUCUGAGUCGCCAACUGCACGAAGCCAGAAACGGGACUCGCCAUCUGACGACGACUUGAAGCCUGACAAACCAGUCAAGCGAGUCAAGCGAGUCAAGCAACUUGAUUUCUCAGGUCUCGGCAAAAAGCGCAAGCGAACUGAGGACCCCGACCUCGAGACUGGCAGCGAUACGGAAGCAGAUCUAAGUGACUCGGAUGUUAGUAAUUUCACUCCAAGUGAGUCUUCUUCUCCCGUAUCAAGUGAGGACCGGCCACCGUCGCCAACUCUCAAGCGUGGGAGGAGAAAUCCUCUGGACCCUUCAUUCAGGGAUCCCAACCCUCGACGCAAAAACAAUAAAAGGAGGAAGAAGGCAUCAGAUACGGAAUACACUGAGCACGACAGUGAGGAUGAUAUUUCCUUUGUCCCGAAGUACGAACGCAAUCAACUCUUGGACAUUCAACCUAGAAGGAGAGGAAAGCGUCAACUCGAGCCGGAGAAUCUUCCCAUUAAUCCUGACUUGGGGCCGCAGGAGCAAGCCCUUGCUGCUCAGCUUCAUGCCUGUUCUAAGAAGGCCUCGAUUCCCCGACACUGGCAAAAAGACUUUACGACUUUGCCAGAAAAGUUGUUCUUUGCCGCAGGCAAUGACAAGGACGCAGAUAACCACAGAGACAAACUCAAAGAAGGUGAUUUUGUCCUUGGGGCUCAUAAGAGCUCUGAAUUCUAUGCAAUCCGAGCCUUCCAAGGACUGUUGCAAAUUUGCGGCCAUGUGAGAGAUUUCUGCAAUGUCCUUCGUUCUCCACCUGAGCCUUUUAUCAAGAAAACAAUUGAGAAGUAUCUUCGCUGGGCAGUAAUCGACGCUGGACUUACAGUAGAGCCCUCCAACAUCCCCAUGUACGUCAUUUACACCAAAACGGAUAAAGAAGACUCACAGGAAGCCAUCACCAAGUUUUACAAGAAAUUGCAGAACCGAGCAAACGACUUCAAGAGAUAUGCUCUUCUCGCUCCUGCUACCGACAGCUACUGGCCAGCCCUGGUAGGCUUCUUCGUUACCGGGCCUAUUGUUUCUGUAGUCACCCUUGACACCACCCCUCAGCCUCUAGAUGCCAAUCCAACAUCUGAAGACAAAGGCACUAAACCUUCAGGCGAGGAUUCUUCUUUGGGAAUCAACCUUCUCAUGUACAUGGACCUUUCUGAUAUGAAUCGAGAUGUCUGGGGUGCCAUGUUUCUCGCAAUUCUCAUUGGACAUAUCAAGAAUACGAUGGUCAAGCUCGCCGACAACUACAAAUCCAUAUGGGUGGCGCAUGCUCCUGGGCCGUAUGGUUAUUCUGGGUAUUUCUCAGAUCGCGACCAAUAG